UAUUAACUGAAUUAAAGCAAUCUUGUAUUGUCUUUUCAAAUUUUAAAUUUAAAAUUAUUUUUCUACAUCUUUUGGUUCCGUUUCAUGCAGGGGGCUCGGGUCAAGGCGUUGGUGGUUAUGAUCACUAAAUGCUAUUAUGUUCUGUGAGGAGCCGACGCCAGAGCCGGAGAAGAUCAUCUGUCGCUGCAAGAACUGUGCUCGGCAUUCGGAUAUCCUUCCCUGGCCAGAGCCCCUGGGACUCAUGGCAGAACGCGACGGCGAUAAAGAUGGCCUUACGAAUCGUCGAGUGUCAACCCGUACAAUUCAGUCGGAAGAAAGCGUCUACACCAUUCGAGAUAUCGAUGACAAACAGAACACUCGUUACAAAGAUCGUGCCAAUCUGCGAAAUGAGUCGGAGCCUGUCACUCCUACUCAUCAAGAGGGCACUCCAAUUAUCAAUCAGGCAACUACUCCUAUUCACCAUGGGACCAAUAGUCCUGGCCCAUACGGGGGCAACACGCCAAUGCGGGCUGCAACACAGGCUCCCACACAGGCUCCAGCUCAGCCUACUAUCCUUUUGAUUGUGGUCAACAAGAACGAUCCGCCACCGUUUCCAGGCAGAGGGUAUCCUGGGGCUGGAGCUGGUCAAUGGCAUCAGGGUCAAGGACACCUGGGACCGGGACCGAGAGGCUUUCCAGGUCAGGGUGCCGGACCCCCAGGCUAUUAUCCACCACCUUCAUCAGGAAUUGCACCAAGGAGAAGAUCAAGACCUAACUAUGGGCAUGAGAAUGUUUGCUACGAAGGCUAUCGGAAUAAUCGAUUUGGAUAUCAGGAGGAUUGGAGGGGACACUCGAGGAGAUUAAGACACUUCAAUAAUGUCUACGCCGAUCAGCCACAUAUUAAUCGUCAUUCAGAAGCCCGACGUAAUUGUCGAUGUCCCAACGUUGAGAAGUCUCAACCGGGUAGUCCCCCAAUUAUCGAAGAUACUGAUGAUCACAGUGACGAUAUCCCUCACGCAACGAGUAACAAAAAGGGCAAGCAACGCCUCGUAGGAAGUGGAAACGGAAGGGGCCAGUCAUGCUAUUGUCAACAAUCCGAACCAAUGAGACCUCAUGGAAACGAACCAGAAGGACCUUCCAGAAAUUAUCCGGAAAGUGGGAAUGAUCGAGAAAAGGAAACUCCAAGGAACACGAUGGGACACAUUUCGGAAAUGGAUAGCCCGCAGGAAGUGAUUGUUACCGAUGCCAAAAACAAGACAUACAAAUGCAUACAGGUGCCCAUUUGCAUCUCCACUGGAAAGGCGAACACCUGUCGCUGUUGCAAUUGCGCUCCCGCUCCGGAGCCUGACGAAGAGGAGUUCGUCAACGAGGAGGCGGAGUGCACCUGCAACCGACAGGGCAAAUGCACCUGUGUUCCCGGCCAAAUGUUCAACGAUGAGUUCGGCUGCGAGUGUGAUCUCACCAAUUUGGAGCGUACUCUGCGGGAUCUCAUACCCAAUGCCGAUUGUAUAUGCUACUUGAAGAAGAAACGUCGCAAACGGCGCAAGAAAUGGGCUCCGAAAGUCUACUACGAUCGUUUUGCAAAUCCCCCCUUUGUCCUUAAUCCGAAGCCCAGAUGUUUAGACUACGGCAACCGAACUUACUGCAAUCCUUGCUGUAAUCCCUGCUGCUGUGCACCAGUGGGAAAGAGCUGCUACACCUGUGACUAUGGCUGUGGCGGGAGUUGUAGGUGCUAGAAAUCCGAUAGUAUCAAAUACAAAUCAUCCUGAUAUAUAAUAUUUAAGAUAUUCCUAAAAAAUCCUCUAUAUUCUCAGAUAACGCCAGAAAACCGCUCACUAGAAGUUUUCUGGCCUUAACUGACAGUUAUUGAGGAUCUCACAUGACUAUAAUAACAAGAUAACCCGAUAAUGAUGUAAAUCAAAUAAACAUAU